AUGACGUACAAUGGUUCCAGACACUACCCCACACAUCCUGUCUCAGACCUUAUCUCCCACAAGGCCGAAGCAGGGACCGCCAUACUUGACGACCCAAUGGAGUGCAGCCGGGGUGAGCGAUUGGCCAUCACUCUGGCAAAGGACAGCAUCAACCGGUCCAGUAACCGCUCCACAACGGGAAAGCUGGAGGUGGACAUCUUUGAGCUGCUGAGAGACAGUGAAUAUGAGAUGGGAGAGACCAUGUGCCAGAUCCUGUCCAAGGGAGUGGUGGCAGUCCUGGGUCCCUCUGCCAGCCCUGCUUCCAAUUCCAUCAUCAGCAAUAUCUGUGGAGAGAAAGAGGUUCCCUAUGUGAAAGUGGCCCCCGAGGACAUUCUGAAGGUUCAGUUCCCCCGCUUCACCACCCUGGACCUGCGCCCCACCAACACAGACAUCAGCCUGGCCGUGGCUGGCCUGCUCACCUUUUUCAACAGCACCACAGCCUGUCUCAUCUGUGCCCAGGCCGACUGCUUAUUAAAUCUGGAGAGACUGCUACGCCAGUUCCUCAUCUCCAAGGAGACCCUAUCGGUUCGCAUGCUGGAUGACAGCCAGGAUCCCACACCCCUUCUCAAGGAGAUUCGCGAUGACAAGACUGCCACCAUCAUUGUGGACGCUAACGCCACAAUGUCCCACAUCAUUUUGGAACGAGCGUCGGAGCUGGGCAUGCUUUCCGUCUACUACACCUACAUCUUCACCUCGCUGGAUCUCAGCGAUCACAGCCUCAUUGCCUGCAUCCGCUAUGCAUCCUAUGCAUCCGCGCUCAAACGACCAGCCCUCAUCACUGUCAAACGCUCCCUAAAACACUUCUGCGAGCAGGCCUUUCUAAUCGACUUGGCCCAGGAAUUCUCUCUGCUGCGAUUGGAUGACGUGCCCAGUGAGCGGGUGAACAUUCUGGGCUUUUCCGUCUUCAACCGAACACACCCCUUCUUCCAGGAUUUCCUCCUCAGCCUCAACCGUUCCUGGCAGGAAAACUGUGACCACGCCCCCUUCGCCGGCACACCGCUAUCGUCGGCGCUGCUGUUUGACGCAGUGCAUGCGGUGGUGGCGGCGGUCCAGGAGCUCAACCGUAGCCAGAACGUGGGCGCCACGCAGCUCUCUUGCAAGUCCUCCAAGAUCUGGGAGCAUGGCACCAGCCUCAUGAACUACCUGAGGAUGGUAGAAUUGGAAGGACUAACGGGCCACAUUGAAUUCAACAGCAAAGGCCAGCGGUCCAACUACGCCCUGCGGAUCAUGCAGAACAGUAGAGACGGCCUAAGGCAGAUUGGCCAGUGGCACUCAGAGCAGGGCCUGUCCAUGGAGAGGAAGCUUCCGUCAAUCAACGUGACAGACACUCUCUUCAACACCACCCUCACCAUCACCACUAUUCUGGAGAACCCUUACGUGAUGCUACGACCGAACCACCAGGAGAUGGAAGGGAACGAGCGCUAUGAGGGAUUCUGUGUGGACAUGCUGAAGGAGCUGGCGGACAUCUUGAAGUUCAAGUACUGCAUCAAUCUGGUGGGGGACGGGGUGUACGGGGUAUCGGGGACCAACGGUACCUGGACGGGCAUGGUGGGAGAGCUCAUCUCCAGGAAAGCGGACCUAGCCGUAGCGGGGCUCACCAUCACCGCGGAGAGGGAGAAGGUCAUCGAUUUCUCCAAGCCUUUUAUGACCCUGGGAAUCAGCAUCAUGUACCGUGUGCACUUGGGCCGCAGACCUGGCUACUUCUCCUUCCUAGACCCUUUCUCCCCUGGGGUGUGGCUCUUCAUGCUGCUAGCCUACCUGGCAGUCAGCUGUGUGCUCUUUCUGGUUGCCAGACUCACCCCCUACGAGUGGUACAAUCCCCACCCCUGCCUGAAGGGGCGCUGUAACCUCCUCAUCAACCAAUACUCGCUAGGCAACAGCUUCUGGUUCCCCGUGGGGGGGUUCAUGCAGCAGGGGUCCACCAUCGCCCCCCGCGCCCUCUCCACGCGCUGCGUCAGUGGAGUAUGGUGGGCGUUCACCCUGAUCAUCAUCUCGUCCUACACGGCCAACCUGGCUGCCUUCCUCACUGUCCAGAGGAUGGAGGUGCCCAUCGAGUCAGUGGACGACCUGGCUGAUCAGACGGCCAUCGAGUACGGCACCAUGCACGGGGGCUCCACCAUGACCUUCUUCCAGAACUCGCGCUACCAGACGUACCAGCGCAUGUGGAACUUCAUGCACUCCAAGCAGCCCAGUGUGUUUGUGAAGAGCACGGAGGAGGGCAUCGCCCGCGUGGUCAACUCCAACUAUGCCUACCUGCUAGAGAGCACCAUGAACGAGUACUACCGGCAGCGCAACUGUAACCUCACCCAGAUAGGAGGUCUGCUGGACACCAAGGGCUACGGCAUCGGCAUGCCAGUGGGGUCAGUGUACCGGGAUGAGUUUGACCUUGCCAUCCUCAAGCUGCAAGAAGACAACCGCCUAGAGAUCUUGAAGAGGAAAUGGUGGGAUGGUGGCAAGUGUCCAAAGGAGGAGGAUCACCGUGCCAAAGGACUAGGCAUGGAAAACAUAGGCGGUAUCUUCGUGGUGCUGGUGUGUGGUCUGCUGGUGGCCAUCUUCAUGGCGGUGCUGGAGUUUAUGUGGUUUCUGCGGCAGACGCCCGGAACAGAGCUGUCGGUGUGUGAGGAGAUGCUACGGGAGCUCCAGGGGAUCGUCCUGUGCCGGGACAGCCUACAGCUGAGGCGUCGGCGGGGGACAACCAUGCUCCGUCCUCGCUCCCUGCCCCUGGAAGAGCGCCGGGCAAGGGCGGCUGCCGUCAGCCUGAGCAAUGGCAAGUUGUGUGGCGCUGCCGCCGGCCUGCCCCUCUCCGAGCCCCUCUCCCACAGACUGGCGCAGGAGGCGGCUUUGGUGGCGCGUGGCUGCAGCCACAUCCGCAUCUGCCCCGAGUGCAGGCGCUUCCAGGGGCUGCGCGCCAUGCGUCCCGGGGGAGGCCCCAGCCACGGCGCCUCGCCCACCCACAGCGAGGAGAGCAUAGAGUGGGAGAAAACGACCAACAGCAGCGAACCCGAAUAACAAUGACCCCCUCCCCCUUGACCUGGACAACCCUUUUUACCUACCUAGACCACCACACACCCACUGUACCCAGUAGGCAUAUCUCCACAAGGGCAACAGGGGGCAUCAUGGGAAGGUCAUGUGGUACUGUGACAGGAGCUGCCUUGAUCCUGGUGUAUUUGAUCUGGGAGGACGGUGGCUGGGGCGUUGGCUUUGGCUGUGGAAAUUCUGGGCACGUCCCCCCUGGAAGGGAUCUUUGAGUUGAGUGGAGCUCUGGAAUGAUGCCCUGGGCUUAGUGUUGGAACUCCCGUUGUACAUGUCCAUAGAGACUACCAGAGGAAGUCCGUGAGAGGGGACACGACCUCUCUGUAUGGGCUGUCUGUCUCGAAGGCCCUAUGCCCUGUCUAGGAUGUGAAGGACACAGGUUACGGGGCAUUUGUACUAUGCAGUAUUUUCUGUUACUCGUGCUAAUUGUUGAUUUGUUUAUAAAUUAUUUGUCCUUUUGUUGUGUUCUUGAUAUUGAUCAUAUUGUUACUCUUCUAUUGUUCUCUGAGACGAUACAAUUUUUUAUUUUCCCGAGAACUGUGGACAUUAUUGCCUUUUCAGAGCUACAAACAGAGAACACAUAGAAAAAGACUUCCAAGUGCCCGACAAAACCGAGGAUAUUGAGCGAUGGGAAAGCACCACGGCCUUGAGACGACGACGACAAAGAGAACUGAACAUGAAGACAAACACAAUGACUUGUUUUAUAAUAGUGACCGUAUUCUAUACGGAACAUGUGUUUGCAACAUAUUUCCGAAAGACAGCAACGCAUGUCAGCAGGUGUGAUGCUGAUGAUUGGAGGGGAGAAUGAGUUUCCCGUUCAAACAAUUUGCCCAGAGACACAAAGAACCCCAAUGUAAUCCGAAAUAGUCCCCAUUCGUUCCCUUUGCGCAUGUGUGGGCCCUGUCUCUUGAUAUUGCCCCCAGAUCACAAGUCAUAAACAAUACCAGGAACCACAACAUACCACCAUUUUGAGUUUCUUUCCAUUGUCCAUUGUGGUAUACAGUAUCAUAUGAAUCCCAUAUACUGUAAGAAAUUGGUAUUGGUUUGCUAUUUCAAAUUUGUGCCCUCCAUUCCCUCUGUUCAACUCACUCUCUUUGUCAUCGUGCUGCACCAUUGCCUCGACAUGACUCAGACACAAUCUCUGCGGCGUGCACUACACACUCAUGCACACGCACAGAAAUGCACACAGUCACACAUGCAGGCACACAGGCAUGUGCACACACACACGGACUCAUCGCACACAAACAAUACACGCAGCCAAUGCAGACAGUCACACUGCAGAGGUAGUCAUACUGAGAUGGUGGCAUUGGGAAGAAUUCAACACAUUCCAGAACCAAUUAAAACUCCCAGUAAAUGUUUUUUACAGGAAUUUUACUCUGAUUUAUUAAAGGCUCCACCCAAAAUGAAA